AUGCCGGCCGGAACAGCUCCUCCAGCUGCGGGUGCGCAAGCCCAAGAAGGCGCCUAUGAUCAAAUCCGCUUUAUGAAUGUCCCAGCAAACAAUGGUGAAAUCCCCCCAUAUCUUGCGCGACCAGACAAAUUAGAUGAAGGAGCAGUAUGGAGUCCCAUUCCUCAGAGAAUUGCACCGAUGUGGCCUACGGAUAGUCCUCUCGACAUCACUAUUGUUGUUUCCCCCACUUUUGUAGCGGAACCUAUUGCAAAAGUACCAAAGGAGAGAAUCGUACUGGAUGAGACUGGAUUCGCAUUUGGAGAUUACAACCAACACCGAUCGAUUGAUGCGAGCUUCGAUGUUCCAUCUGAGGUGCAGAAUAAUGGUACACUUUGGGGUCACUUCUAUAUUGGAAUUUCUGGAAGUAAACUGGAUCCUGCUACACCCGGCUAUGAUCCUACAAGGGCAUUUCACUUUGUGCAUCCUCUCACCCAAUACAUUGCGCAAAAGAAAAUCAGAAAGACCAAAAAUCUUUUGGCAGCUGCUGAAGAGACGGAUGAGCCUGAAGAGGAAAUUCCUACUGGGCCUGUAAUCAAAUCUCACUAUCAUCCUAACUUUACAAUGUCCUUCAUUCCAGAUUCUGGCGUCAUGGACUUUCCAUCUUUACAUCCUGCUGUUCGUCAAUAUGUUCAUUUGGAGGCAAGUGGAGCUAGAGAUGGCACCGGACUCAAUGGAUGGUACUAUCCACUACUCUUCGUCAACACCUUUUGGCAAUUGAAGACUCACAUGACAGUACUCAAUUCAACCGUCACCAGACUUCCCAUUCAUAUUGACCUGCAAGACUUUGCCAAUUGGAAAUUUACCUUGAUGGCAAGUAUGGACGAAGGUGCGAAACAGACCGCCAGAAAUGCUGCUCAAGGACAAGCACCACCCGGUGGCGGAGACGGUAGUGAGUUUGAGAUGAUCAAGGAAGUUUUAUUAGAUACCAAUAUAUAUCUUUUGGCCACCACGGUCAUCGUUAGUAUUUUCCACAUGAUCUUCGAGAUGAUGGCCUUCAAAUCCGACAUCAGCCAUUACCGAAACAAGAAGAACAAUGUUGGAAUUUCAGUUAGAUCGAUCCUCGGAAACGUCUUCAUGCAAGGUGUUAUUUUCUUGUACUUGAUGGACAACAAUGAGAACACUAGUUGGAUGAUUUUGUUCACUCAAGGAAUGGGGAUUGUACUCGAGUUCUGGAAGAUCACCACGGUGGUCAAUGUUCGUAUUCGCGAUGCACCAAAUUCGAUCAUACCAUACCGCAUCGCUUUUGAAGAUAAACAUGUCCUCUCCGAGACGGAAGAAAAGACCAAGGAGUACGAUGCAGUUGCUUUCAAGUAUAUGUACAUGAUUGCUGUUCCACUUCUUAUCGCCUAUGGAGCAUACUCCUUGAAAUACGAAAGUCACAAAUCUUGGUAUUCUUUCGUAAUCGCAACUCUUGUCGGAUCUGUCUACGCAUACGGAUUCUUGAUGAUGGUCCCUUCAUUGUACAUCAACUACCGACUCAAGAGUGUUGCACAUAUGCCAGGUAGAGCGAUGAUGUACAAGUUCUUGAAUACAUUCAUCGACGAUCUCUUGCAUUCACUAGUUGACUACACCAGAGUCAAUGAAUUUGGACAAGGAGGUGACGAUGAAGAGGUUGAGGAGAAGAUUGCGAAUCAACCUUUGAAGAGUAUCCCGGGCGCUGAUGCGACCGUCAAGGAGGGGCUUGAAGGUGCCAAGAUCGCCGAGAACAAGGCAGAUGCAGUAAUUGGCAAAGCUACAGGAAGUUCUAAGAAAGGCGGAGCAACGAAAAGAAAGUGA